UGUGUGAGGAGGAAGAGGUUUGUCCACAAAGAUUCACCGUUAACUGGUUCGUGUUUUGGUUUGGUUUCACUACAAUGAGCUGAAGAGAUACACGUGUGAUCCGUGUUUUGAGCCUCACGUCCCGAAGCCUCCAGUGAAGCAGAGCCACGGAGGUGGAGAGCCAGAUCAACUGGUGCUGCAGGACCCGGCCCAUCAUUUGUUUACUUUGAUGCAGGUUUACUCCAGUCUUGUCUCCCUGUCCGGCCGUCCAUGAAAUGGUGGUUAUGGUGGAGUUGCUGAUGGAUGCGUGAGGAGAAAGCCCCUGUGGUAUCUUGGCUGCACCACACAACUUCCACAUGGAUUCCGGCAAUGAUGACGCACUUGAUAUCAUUAUCACUAAUGUGGUGGCGACCUUCAGGACCAGGUGUCACCUCAACUUACGCACCAUUGCCUUAGAGGGAGUCAAUGUCAUCUAUAAGCCAGAACAUGGGAAAGUCCUGAUGAAGCUUCGUAAGCCCAAGAUAACAGCCUCGAUUUGGUCGUCAGGGAAAUGCAUCUGCACUGGAGCAACAAGUGAGGAUGAUGCAAAGCGUGGUGCUCGCAGGUUAGCGCGCUGUCUCCAGAAACUAGGCUUCAAGGUGAGGUUUUCGGCCUUCAAAGUCGUGAACGUGCUGGCAGUUUGCUCCAUGCCCUUCUCAAUCCAGCUCAUAGACUUUACGACGAACAACCGCCCCAUUGCCAGUUAUGAACCAGAGCUCCAUCCAGCUGCCACAUACAGGAUUAAACAUAUCAAGGCUACUAUCCAGGUGUUCUCCACUGGCAGCAUCACAGUUACAGGACCAAAUGUGCAGAAUGUGGCCACGGCUGUGGAGGAAGUCUAUCCACUACUGUUUGAGUGUAAGAAGCCCCUCCGCAAAUAAAGGAAUUGCAUGCCCAACAAGACGGAAGACGAAGUGAAAGAGAAGACAAGACGGAGGAAGCACCUUAUCUGUGGAGAUUAUUUCCUUGAUUUUAUGACUACACGGCAACAGCCCAUCCACAAAUGUCUUAAACAUAACCGACGGGUCAUAUUGAAUUACCUGGAACCUCAGCAGCCCCACUUGAAAUCUUAAACUCUCACAAAAAUGUCAGUGUUGUUGUGGAUUCCGUGGCUUUUGUGCUUUUUAACAGGCGACAUGCAAAUGUCUUCCAAUCCAGAGACUGCUCCUCUAAAGCUGACUCGCACUGGAGGGUGGUGGAAAUAUUUUGCUCUCGCUCUUUACUUGCUCUGGGUGCUUCUGCAUGGACACAGAAAGACCAACUUUUUAAAUGCUUUCGUCUCAACUCUUACCCUAUACACAGCAAGACGUCCAAUUUACUGCUUUUUCAGGAAGAAUCCCGUCCACAAUUUAUUUGAAGAGGUGUUAACACUAAUACAGGACAUCACUGUAUUAUGCACGUUGAUGCAUGAAGAGAAAACGGCACUUAUCACCACGGACUGAUGGUGGGUGAGGAUGUCCUUUUUAAAGUUGCAUAUUUCUUCUCACAAUGUGUUUUCAUCUCUGAUUUUAAUUGUUUCACACUUCCUGAUUUUCUUCCGUCAUCGGUUCCCUAUUAAUGCGUUCUUACUUUACAACUGUGGCGUUGGAGCAGAUUGCACACACAUGUCGAUAUUUUAAUUUCUUGUCAUUUCCCUGUCAUUUUUAAUAUUUAACUGUUCUUUUAAGUUUAGGUUUGGACAAUGUACAGAAUAAGAUUGAUGUCCUAAGUGUUGGAAAUUGUGAACAGUUUUUUCAACUUGGGAGUGGUUACCGAGGAAUAAAGUGGCACUGAGAAAAAAAACUUCCAAAAAAAGAUUUGGAAACCGUCGAGAAUUGUUCAGGACGCAGGUCAACGUGGAAAGUCAUUGUGAAAAAAGCAUUUUAAUGUGAAUGCGUCCGCUCUGGUCUGUCAUACAAAGCUGUACAGCAGUUAGAAAUGUGACCCGUCUGACCUGUUGUUUAAAAACUGCAACAUCGUGUCUGAUUACUAACAGUGUUUUAAAGAGGAUGUGUUGAUAUCAUUCUGAUGCCAAACCUUCCAUAGUAUAUCCUCCUUUUAAAUGACAGUGAAACAAAAUACUUCUCAGUGGAAACUACGGUCUUUUAACAUGGCUGCCGAUACUUGUGCUGACAUCCAUCGAGGUAACAUGCGUGUAAAUAUAUAAUAAUGCGAGUGAUGAGAGAGAUGUUGUGAAAUAUCUUCGACAUGUUGUUUGAAAUAUGUGGGAUGGUGUCUUUUUGAACCAGUGUCAACCGAGGAUUUGUGACACUCGUUCAGAGUUUUGUAUUUUGUAUAAAUUAAUAAAGGUUAAUAAAAAAACAAA